AUGGAAGGCUCUUCUUCCAGAUUAUUCGAGAAUGGUAGAACGUUCUUCUUCCAGAUUAUUCAAGAAUGUGGGAAUUUGGGGUUCUGUAAUGCUAGAACAUUGAAUCCUUGCAAGUGUUUGCAAGGUUGUCGACCCCUUGAUGGUGUUUCUUGGGAUUCUGGGGAUUUUUCCGGCGGUUGUCAUCGUGAGAGCAAUGAUGUGUGCUGUGAAAAUGAUGUGUUUGAGGUGGUUGGGCCGGUGAAUUAUGACGGUGCAAUUGUGGAUGAUUUAUACUUAAGGGUACAAAAGGGGAUAAUCACAGAGAAGAACAAAGAGAAAACCUUGGUUUUGAUUGGUACAAUUUGUGGGUUUUUAGUGGUGUUGAUGUUGCAUGUUGAAAUUUUAUUGGGUUGGAGGAAGAUGAGGAUCAAGAAGACGAAGAGAGAAGAAGAGGAAGGUGUGUUUUCGGUGACGAAUUUGAAGGUGUUUACUUACAAAGAGCUUCAUGUAGCCACUAGGGGAUUCUCUGAGAAGCUUGGCCAUGGAGGUUUCGGAGCAGUGCUUCGUGGAAAGUUAUCGGAUUCUUCCAUUGUAGCUGUGAAGAGGCUUGAAAGACCUGGUGGUGGUGAGAGAGAGUUUAGAGCAGAGGUGUGCACAAUUGGGAACAUUCAACAUGUUAAUCUUGUAAGAUUAAGAGGAUUUUGUUCUGAGAAUUCUCAUAGGCUUCUUGUUUAUGAUUACAUGCCUAAUGGUCCUUUGAGUGUGUAUUUGAAAAAGGAUGGUCAAAGUUUGAGUUGGGAUGUUAGAUUUCGGGUUGCAAUGGGGACUGUCAGAGGCAUUGCCUAUUUACAUGAGGAAUGUAGAAAUUGUAUCAUACAAAGUGGUAACCAACGUUGA